UUGUGCAUGUAGAUAAUUUGUAAACAGAGGAUUGUUUAGCGCAAAUAGUACGUGCCGUGGCCGGAGCAUACACACGACAAUCAACAAAGCUGUUUAUGGUUUACGUUGCACUGGAAUGUGUGAUGCUGUGGUCCCGGCAUAGUGCCUCGACGACCUGUGCCUGCCAGACACCUAUCAGCUGAAAACGUGCCAUUUUACCAGUAAAUUAUGUGUCAAAUGUGCGGGUGUCGUGUCACGAAAUAUGUGCGGACUUAGUAAACUGUCGACUAUCAUCGGGCUCUGUUUAUGGAUUUGUGUUGGUCAGAAAGAGGUGAAAGCGUUCUUCAACGAUGCCUCGAGUCUGCUCAACCCUGUAAAGGUGGACCUGGAUGUGUGGCACCAGCGCAGUCCUCGCGUCGCUUCCAGGACCAACGAGAACCUCGCUUGUGAGAAGCCCCGUAUCUAUAUCUGCGAGGAAGUACCAGACCCAGUGCCGGUGGAGGCCCGCAAGGUGUGCAACUACCGUAACCAGAGGUUUCACGAGCAGGUGUACCGCUGGGUUGCGGGCCGUGGCUGUUUGCUUUACACACCUGACUUUCUCUAUGUCGGCGGUACCAACACACUCAAUCUGAACGCUGGUUGUUUCUACGGAGAUCUCUUCGCGCCAUGCUUGGAAAUUGCGAAAGACGAUGGCUCCUGCGGCUGCUACCCAUUCGACCCGAAUCUAGAAGAAGUAGCGACGGCCGUCCGCGACGCGUUGAUCCCCACCGCACACGGGCGGUGGGAGCGGUGCUUCUAUGCAGCCACCGAAUGCUGCAGCCAUUAUAUGGGAGACACCUCUAAUUACACAGUCCCGUCACAUUGCGAGGCAACUUUCGACGGGUGGACGUGUUGGCCCCCGGCGGCUGCCGGCUCCACUGCCACAGAGAUAUGCUCCGAGUUCGCCUAUUCCGGCCAGGGGCCCUCUUGUUAUCACUUCAGUAGCAAGGAAUGUUACCACAACGCUAGUUGGGAAGUCCAGACGGACUACACGACAUGCAGCAUCACGCCGCGUCUGCUCCGUCGCUACCGGUUCUACAUCGCCGUCCUAUCCUUCUCCAUAGUCUCCUGUCUCCCAGCAGUCUUCGUUUUCUUCUUCUACCGACGCCUUAGGAACAAUCUAAGAGUAUCCCUCCACAGGAAUCUAUUAAUAGCCAUCAUUAUAAGGAAUAUUCUCGUCAUUAUCAGUCGUAGCGAGAUCUACAUAGACGAGCUGACAAACCCUGGGGAGACAUUGAUGUCGACACAUGGAGUGGGCUGCAGGAUUCUGGCGGUGGCGGAGCGAGCGGCUGCUAAUGCUGUCUUCGUCUGCAUGCUGGUCGAAGGCAUCUACCUCCACCGCCUCAUCGUCGCCGUCUUCAAGCAGAAAAUGAAUAUCAAGAUUUUGUAUGGAGUUGGCGCAGUGAUCACAAUAGCCCCAGUGGUAACAUGGGCGGUGAUGAUGGGCGUGUACGACGACCACUCGUGUUGGAUGGUGUACACCAUCCCGCACGUGCAGUGGAUCAUGGACGGGCCGAGAGUCGCCAUCCUGCUUAUCAACACUGGACUCUUCAUCGAUGUGUUGCGCGUGCUGCUUACAAAGAUCCGAAAUUCGGAAAAUGCUAACCAAUUAAACACAGCCAAAGCGACGUUAUUCCUGAUGCCCAUAUUCGGGGUACAGUUCCUGCUGACGGCGUUCAGACCGGUGACCACAGACUGCACAGCCGAGCAGAUAUACUACUACGUGUCUUAUACUGUGGAGGGACUGCAAGGGUUCAUCGUCGCUAUGCUAUACUGUUAUGUUAACAAGGAGGUACAUGUGUUGGUCAAAGCCACAUACAAGAAAACCGAAAGCGCUGUUGUAUCACGCGUUCGAAGGGAUUCCACCUACCCAAGAAUGAGUUUACAUUCUAACUCUGAGAGGAAAAUGACGUAUAGCACUGCACUCCCACCUAACGCAGACGAGCUUAAGGAUCAGUAUGCGACGAUCAGGCCGAAGCUACACGUGGCAGAAAUUAUAUCCAUCCAGGCCAGUGAACGCUUAGCUGAGAUUUUAGAACCCGUGUACGAGACUAUAGGCAACGGUAUAUCAAACGAAGGCUACGAUUCUCUUGAAAGAUCAGACGUAGACGACGACUCAGGAUUUAUUCCAAACAAGCUGCAAGAGGACUACUACGGGUUCACAAACGCUUCUAGUAUUUCAAUAGAUUGUCAAGACUGGAUAAGACGGCCAUCGCCCACCAGUAGUGCAUACUCCUUGAAUGAUUACGAAGCUAAGUACGUUGGGAGAAAAUUCGCUAAUAUGCAGAGACAAGCCCAGGAGAGGAGGGAACAAGGAAGAUCCGACGGACGUCCAGUGCCUGAUUAUAAGAAUAUAAUCCUUAAUGAGGCUAGAAAUAUGAAUUUGGAUGACAUGCAAGAUACAUCGACGUCUCUCUAUGAGGAUUGCGAGAAUAUGCUCGAUGAAAUAAUGCAAUACAUGGAGAACAGUGAAAUGAGUAGAGCGAUAGUACUCGACCCCAGUCUACUGUCUUCGCCCAGGAGUGAAGAUGAUAAAGUAGUUUUCGUAGACGACGUUGAUGACAGUAGUAAUAUAUAAUUUUAAGGCUAUUAUUACAAAAAUAAUAUCUAUUUUGUACUAUUGUUCUUGUAAUAUAAUAUAAAAAGCUUAAUAUUACUGACUA